CCCAGGUCUCCUUCAUGUGGCUCAUGUACGAUACGGGUGAAUUCACCCAGAUUCGUAGUAAAUACCGUAUAUACAAAAGCACAAGCAGCGGCAUAAAGAAAAGAACAUCAAAAUUAAAACUUUCCACUACCUACUACAAAGCUACAAAUCAUCAACAGAAGAGAACAGCAGUUGUUGUCAAAUUCGUUCUUUGAUCCAAGAAUAUCCGUAAAUAGUAACUUUUUAUUAGAAAAUAGUAGCAAACAAACUGAGUCAAAAACGAUGACUUUCACCAAAAGUGUAGACCAGACAACAAUCCUGCAAGGAGAUCGCACGAAACUGAAAGAUCUGCUGCGGCUACGGUUGAAUGCCUGCGGCUGGAGUGACCAGGUACGAUUGCUGUGCCGCGAUGCCAUCAAGGACAUGGAUGGUACCAUCAAUUGUGACUCUCUGGUGCAGCAGGUUACGCCGAAAGCUCGAGCCUUAAUCCCAGACACAGUGAAAAAAGAGUUGCUGCAGAAAAUCAAAACCAUUUUGAUUCAGCAGGAGGGAAUCGAUAUUUAGAAACAGUGUAAGAUUACUAAUUUAGGGCAUACAUCAUUGGUCAAAUAAACGGAAAAAUAGCAAUUUUUUGA